AUGAAGUCAAAAAUAAACUAUAAAGAUGAUUGGAUCGUUGAUUAUGGCUGCUCCAAUCAUAUGACCAAUGACGAGAAGAAGCUGGAAGACAUAGAUGAAUACAAAGGAAGAAGAGUAGUGUUAAUGGCCAAUAAUUCAAGGUUUUCUAUUUCUUAUAUAGGGAAGAUAACACUUCCAAAAGAAGGCUCUCACCAGCUCCAACUUGAGAAGGUGUAUCUUGCACCUGGUUUAAAGAAGAAUCUAUUGCCAGUGCCACAAUUAACAACAAAAGGGAAUUACGUGCUCUUUGGGCCUAAAGAUGUAACUGUAUUCAAGAGAAUUAAGGUGGUUGGUAAUCCAAUUAUGACAGAAAGAAGAAUAGAGUCAGUUUAUAUGUUGUCUGCAGAAACAACAUAUAUGGACAAAACUCAUAAAAAUGAAAUGGGUGAUCUUUGGCAUGAACAUCUUGGGCACAUGAGUUACAACAAGUUAAAGGAGAUGAUGAAGAGACACAUAGUGAAAGGGCUUCCUCAACUAGAUAUUUGGACAUAUACAAUAUGUGUUGGAAGUCAAUUUGGAAAAGCUCACUAA